CAUUUUAGCACCGAAACCGACGGUGCCGCGGGGGAGGGGCUGGAUGGAUCACUCCAACACGGUGGAGUCGAGACGUGUGGCCUCGCGGGAGGCAGCCAAUCAAAUAUCCUUUAACUUUAGGGUACCGUCUUAAGUCCUCUCCUCCGUUCCCUACGCCGUUACAGGUGUUAACUAGAUGCGUUAAAGAUACCGUGGUUGGAAAUGAAGUACAUGGGCAGCGGACAAACUCUCAGAGUCGUUGUGGUCUUAUCGUUUUUCUCACGCGGCUUACUUUGGAGUUUUCGAGAGGAUCAAGAUGACACCGACAGAGAGACCUGCUCAGAAAACAAAAUUGCUACAACAAAAUACCCUUGUAAAAAAACAACGGGGGAAGUAACAACUUGUUACAGGAAGAAGUGCUGUGAAGGGUUUAAGUUUAUGCUGGGACAGUGCAUUCCUGAAGAUUACGACGUGUGCGCAGACGCCCCUUGUGAACAGCAGUGCACGGACCACUUUGGUCGUGUGGUGUGUACCUGUUAUCCAGGAUACCGCUAUGACCGCGAGCGUCACCGGAACCGGGAGAAGCCGUACUGUCUUGAUGUGGACGAGUGUGCCAACACAAACGAGACGCUGUGCUCUCAGACGUGCGUGAACACCGCGGGCAGCUACAGGUGUGAGUGUGAGAAAGGCUCCUUCCUGGAGGAGGACGGGCGGACGUGCACCCGGGGGGAGAGAGCGUCGCUCUUCGAGAAGUCUGACAACGUGAUGAAGGCUUCUAUGUGCGAGGCAACUUGUGAGGACUUUCAGCAGAUCAAGAUGACAGUCCUGCAGCUCAAGCAAAAGAUGGCCAUGCUGCCCAACAACGCGGAGAUCACCAAGCAGACGACCAAUGAGAAGAGGCUGACAUCACACAACUUCCUGCAGGCACCCUCUGUGCAGCCGGGACCUCCAGGAUCUCCAGGACUCCAAGGCUCGUCUGGACCCCCAGGGAUGAUAGGGUCACCGGGACCUCCAGGACCCCGGGGCCUGAUGGGGCCAGUCGGGCCCUCACCAGAUCUCUCCCACAUCAAACUGGGACGACGAGGGCCAAUGGGUCCCCAUGGUGCCCCAGGGAAAGAUGGCAUGAAGGGGGACAGAGGGGCUCCUGGCCUUUCCGGACCUCCAGGGCCCCCAGGAUCCUUUGACUUCCUCUUGCUGCUCAUGGCGGACAUCCGUAAUGACAUUGCAGAGCUCCAGAGCAAGGUGUUCGGUCGACAGAUGCCCUUCCCUGGAGAGGACUUUCCUCAGGACACAGACAACUGGAGGGACAGUUCCGACAUGCAGGACAUAGGCUCCGGAGAGGACUACAAAUCCCAGCCUGCUCCAAAAAGCAACAGGAAGAGGAAACAGUCACAUAUUUUUAAAAAGCCUGACUGGACAGUUUGAGAUCAAUGUGAUGAAAGUGAACUGAUUACAAAAUAAUUCAAAAAUACUCAGUUGGUGUAAAUAUCAGAAAGUUUUUUAUUUAACUGUGUAUUCUCAAAAGGGCAGAAUGUAUUUCAUUUUUGGCAAAUUCUAUUUUUGUAAGAUCAAUAUGUGUAUAUUGUUGAUAUGUUUGGUCAUGACUUUUUUCUUUAAUUUUACUGUACUCUCAAAUCUAUCAGUGCAAAGUAAAUUGUGUUGUUUUUCCAUGCAUGAUUUUGUGUUUUCACUGAAAUAACUCCCUGUCUCUAACCUGAAUACUUCACAUUUCCCCAUGGACGUCCUGUCAGUGUAUUAAUGACAUCACAAGCCAGACCUCGGGAGCACAGAGCAGCAGAGUUUGAUAUAAUGAACAUAAUGAGUUUAAAUACAGACUCACACACCCACCACUCACACUUUACAAAUACACACAAGUCACACACACACAUACAUACAUACAUACAUACAUACUCAGGUUAAUCAAACCGUUAGAUAGACAGCAAAUCCAAAAACAUCUGUCAUUUUACUAAUGAAAAAGGCCCCCUCCUUUAAUUCCUGACCUUUUUCUGUUCUGACAAUAAAAAGAUGUAUUGAAUUGAUAGAUUGGUCACCUCCUCGCGUGCACCCUUGUCUCUGUCUUCACCUGUCACAUAGAAACAAGAAACUGGAACUUGGUGAAUGGAUACUAUAAAGCCUUAAUGAAAUGUA